AUGGCUCCCAACUUCGAAGAAGGCCCCGAUUCGUCAAAGCGUCUCAAGGAGGAGGCCCUGUAUCGGUUCCACUCAAAAGAAGGCAUGGAAUUCACGCUCGAGAAGUCGGCCGCCCAGCUGUUCGGGGUCGUCAAGCAGAUCUCACGGGAUCUGGGAGUCGAGGAUGAUGAAUCGAUCCGGAAUAUGAAGCCGAUUCCGCUGAUGAACGUCUCCGGCGAAACGCUUCACUUUAUCACCUCCCCCGGCUACCCGUUCGAGUUCUCCAACCAGCUCAACUGCCAGUACCAAAUCAGCGCCUUCAACAACUACGCCAAUGUUGAGAUCAGCGUUAUCAGGGCACUGAACGACUUCAACCUGAACGUGUUCGACGGCUUCGACCGCACCAAGCCAUUGUGGCAGGAGGGCAACUUCAACCCGAGGACCUACACCUUGACGCUGAGCGCGAGCUCGCCACAGAUUAUGGUCACCUGGUACAACAGCGGAGACAACAACAUUCAGCCUUUCACUAUUCACUACUCCGGAACCUCAACCCCUCUCUACGUCAACCCGACUCCAAUGGCCGCCGUCAAGAAGCAG